AUGAUGACAGUAGAUAUACAAGAAAUUUUGAAAUAUUUAAUACUAGAACAAGGAAAUUCUCAUUUAAAAAACCAUUUACAACAGUUCAAAUACGUAGAUGUUUACUAUCAGCUAGAAACUAUAAGAUCACUUUUAGUUCAAAGACCACCUAAUCCACCAAUUGAUUCAAAAAUAAAUCAACAAAUUAAUGAACUAGUUCAAUGGAGAAACAAUAACAAGUUAAAAACUUCAAUCCACUCAAUAAAGCAAAAUUACAUAUAUAAAAACAAAUUAAUUUCAUUAUGGAAAGGUGAUAUAACCACAUUAACUGACGUAACAGCAAUAGUAAAUGCAGCAAAUUCAGCAUUACUUGGAUGUUUCCAACCAGAACACAAAUGUAUUGAUAAUGUUAUUCAUACAGCAGCAGGACCAGAUUUAAGAGAAGCUUGUUAUGAAAUUAUGUUAGAACAGAAACACGAAGAACCAGUUGGAUCAGCAAAAAUUACUUCAGGGUUUAAUUUACCUGCGAAAUAUGUCGUUCAUACCGUGGGUCCAACCAUUAGAGGUGGAAAGCCAAGUCGGAAACAAAUUGAAGAACUAAAGAAUUGUUAUAUUUCAUGUUUGGAAGUUAUGGAGAAAUUAAACGAGUCAAAUAAAUCAAUUGCUUUUUGUUGUAUUUCAACUGGAUUAUUUGCAUUUCCCAAAGACUUAGCCUCUAAAAUCGCUGUUGACACAGUUCUUGAAUAUUUUGAUAAUCAUCCUAAUAGUUCAAUUCAACAAGUUAUAUUUAAUGUAUUUUUAAAAGAAGACGAAGAACUAUAUUUGAACCUACUUAAUAAACUUGAAAAGUCAAACGUAGCUCUAAAACCAACUACAAAUCAGAAUAUAGAAAAAGCAAAACAUCUAAUCAAAGAAGCAGAUUAUAUAUUAAUUUCUGCAGGUGCAGGAUUAUCAGCAAGUGUGGGGCUAGAUUAUUCAUCAAAUGAAUUAUUUCAAAAAGAAUACAAGCCAUUUUUGAAAUUAGGUAUCAAAAAUCUAUAUCACACAAUUGGUUUUCCCUUUCCAUCAGAAUUAGAUCAAUGGAAUUUCUUCUUACAUCAUUAUAUAAAUACUCAUAAAAAAUGGCCAAAAACUGAAACUUAUCAUCAAUUACUAAAACUUACUGAAAACUUCAAAGAUUGGUUUGUUAUGACGACUAACGCUGAUGGGUUUUUCGUUAAAAAUGAAUUUGAUAAAUCAAAAGUUUUGACAGUUCAAGGUAAUUACUCAAUCAUACAAUGCUCAAAAAAUUGUAGAGAUGAUGCUUACAGAUCAAUUGAUGAAUUAUCGACCCAAUAUCCAUUAAAAAAAGAAUCUCAAAUUCCUCGUUGUGAAUAUUGUGGUUCUAAAAUGCAAAUGUUUUUAAGAAUGACAAGAUAUUUUAAUGAGAAAAUAGUAGACGAACAAAGAAAAAACUUUCAUAAAUUCUUAGAGGAAGUGGUUGAUUCUGGCAAGAAAUGUGUAAUAUUAGAAUUAGGUGUCGGCUUAAAUACUCCAAGUAUAUUGAGAUACUCAAAUGAAGAAAGAAUUGAGAAAUUUCCAGAAGUAUUUGAUCUAAUUAGAAUUGGUAAUGGACCAAGUAGUACUAUUGAUCCUGAAGUUAUGGAUAAAGCUAUUGUUAUAGAUGCUGACGUUAAAACUGCAAUUGAUUUAGUAUGUAAAAAUUAA